AUGGCACUCUCACCAUUUGGCUCUCGUUCGCCGUCCAUGACCGUACAUUCCCCGAAUACAGCAAUCAGGCUAAGAGCUACAGCUGCCCAGAACUCAGUCGCUGGAUCUACCGCAGCUGUGGCGAAGCCAAUGCCGGAUGGAGAUCGCGAACUUACCGAACAACUGAAUAUCGAGGUCCGCGAGCGAUAUGUUAAAGACAAGAAAGUAGGAGAAGGUACCUAUGCUGUGGUAUACGUCGGCCACCUCCAAGACGAUCCAUCAUCCCGCGUUGCGAUCAAGAAGAUUAAAGUCAAUGCCGAGUACAAGGAUGGACUUGCGAUGGAUGCAGUCCGUGAAGUGAAGUACCUUCAAGAGCUGAAACAUCCCAAUGUUAUCACCCUUCACGAUGUGUUCUCCUCUAAGGAUCAAAACCUCAGCUUGGUUCUCGAAUUUCUUCCCGGGGGAGACCUUGAGAUGCUCAUCAAGGACAGUGAUAUCCACUACGGAGUGGCAGAUAUAAAGGCUUGGAUGGGAAUGCUUGCCCGAGGUGUAUGGUGGUGCCAUGAGAACUUUGUCCUCCACCGGGAUAUCAAGCCCAACAACCUGCUGAUCGCGUCGGACGGGGAGGUUAAAUUGGCGGAUUUCGGUCUCGCGCGAUCCUUUGCCGAUCCUUUGUUCAACAUGACCCAUCAGGUCAUCACUCGGUGGUACCGGCCGCCUGAGCUUCUCUACGGUGCGCGACAAUACUCCGGCGCGGUCGACGUUUGGUCAAUGGGGAUGGUUUUCGCGGAGCUCCUACUACGGGUUCCCUUUGUGGCGGGCAGCACCGACUUGGAUCAAAUCACUAAGAUUUGCGAGGCGUUUGGUACCCCUACCGAGGACAACUGGCCCGGAGUCAGCAAGUUACCUUACUACAUUCCCACGGAUAAGGCCCAAGUGGUGCCAUUGCAGGGACGUGAUUUCUUCCUGCGACAGUUCCCCACCGCAGGACCGGUGGGAGCAGAUCUACUGAUGUCGAUGUGUGCACUUGACCCACGCAAGCGUAGUACGGCUGUCCAAUGUCUACGGCACAAUUGGUGGACGAUGGACCCGCGACCGACUCAGAAUCAAGAUCUCCCACGAAAAUCGGGCGGCACGCAAAAGAUGGGAGAUGAUUUGACUCGACGCGGCGGUGAGUUGGACGAGGGCAUGUUCAAAAAUGCUGCCCGCCAAUUGGAUUUCGGAAUGAAAUGA